AUCCCUUGCCGAGAACACGCCGAUGCGCAGAUUACGACUUGUCUCAUGAUAUGAGGCGCCGGCAUCCCCCCCUCCACCACCAGCCCCCCGCUUUGACUCCCCUCCCUCCGCACCUCUCUCCAGCCGUCCCACCUCUUUCGACUACUACUACUACUCCUACUACAACAACAGCAUCAGCACUCCUCCCUCUCUCGCACACAGGCAGGGGCGCGCGUCUCCUUAGGCAACAGGAUGCGAGCGUUUAGCAUCCUGAGCAGGGAGGCUAACAAGGUGUGCUUCCCCUCCCUCCAGGGUUUGGAUGUGUGAUGUCCGCGGGGGGCUGGAUGGGUCCGGGAAUUUGGACUUUUAAGCAGAAAAGCAAAAAUGUAAUGAUUCGGAGGGCCUCCUUGUUGCAGUCAGGAAAUGUGGACUGCACCGUACGGAAAAGUCACUCUUGGACCAUGUGACACUGCAUCACCGGCAUCCAGAGAGAACCUGACACAGUGACAUGCUUUUUGUAGCCACCCCACCCAAGAGCUUUUGUUCCCCAAAGUUCCCGGCGAAACGUUCGAUACAACCCGACCAACAUCCAACUGCAAUGGAUCGCCUGUGUCCGGCGGAAGGCGGAAGCCGGACACGGGCCCUCGUCGUCAGACUGUAGCCCCCCCCACACCCCCCCAGCCGCCUCAUUUGUGUUCAGCUCACACCCAGUGAUUCUUCAUCUUGGAAUUAUCACCUCCUCGGACCCCGCCCGGGAUGGAUGUACCCGAGGCCGGCAAGCAUGGCAAGAAGUCAGCAGGUCAAAAGCUGGAGGACCAGAAAAAGAUUUACACAGACUGGGCCAAUCACUACCUGGCUAAGUCGGGCUGUCAGCGGCUCAUCAAGGACCUGAGCCAGGACGUCACCGAUGGAGUCUUGCUGGCGCAGAUCAUCCAAAUAAUAGCCAAUGAGAAGGUGGAGGAUAUCAAUGGCAGCCCCCGGAGUCAGACCCAAAUGAUUGAGAAUGUGGACGCUUGCCUGAGUUUUCUGGAUGCCAGAGGAGUGAAUGUGCAAGGGCUCUCCGCGGAAGAGAUCAGGAAUGGCAACCUGAAAAGCAUCCUGGGCCUCUUCUUCAUCCUGUCCCGCUACAAACAGCAGCAGCAGCAACAGCAGCAGUACUACCAGUCGCUGGUGGAGCUCAGCCAGCAGACCGGCAGCAGCAGCAGCACCGCAACAUCUGCCAGCAAGUCGCAAGAGAUGCAGUCCAGUCUCACAGCACGAUAUGCAAGUCCUCCGGGCCAUACUGGAAUAGGGUCGCCACAGAAGAAAAACACAAGGUUACCGGGACCUUCUCGAGUACCCGCUGCAGGCAGCGGGGCCUCCAGGAGUCCGGGCUCAUCCAAUCUGAACCGCCGCAGCCAGAGCUUCAACAGCAUCGACAAGAGCAAACCGCUCCAAUACGCCAGCGGCAACGACCGAGAGGCAAUCAGGGGCAUUCCGGUAGCUGGCGGCAUGAACGGAAGUGGACUAGGUGGGACCGUUCCCACCAGCCUAAGUGGGCAGCAGCUGGCCUCUGCCAUCCCCUCCGCCGCCGCCAGCAAGUCCUGGCGGAGCAAGUCCAUGAACCUCAAGCACAGCGCCACUUCCUCCAUGUUGGCCAGCUCCGCGAACGCAGCGUCCACGACCCCGUCACCGCAGACCCAAGAAGGCAUCCAUCCGCACGGCACCGACGGCGGCAAAGUCGGCGGCGCGACUCACCGGUCCAUGCUGGAGAAGUUCCGGAUGAUUAACCCUCGCUCGGCUUCCCGGGUGUCGCCGUCCAUGGCUGAGAUGGCUCUUCAGGAAGAGGACGACAUGUCGGAGUACGGCGAAGAUGCGCUGACGCCCACGGGCUCGGUAUGCAGCAGCGGCGGUAGCAGCGCUACGGCCAAACAGAUCCCCUCCAAGACCGCUGCGCCCUCCCUGAGUGCCACGAGCAAGACCCCGUCUUCCUCCUCCUAUUCCAAGGCUUCCGCAAACGCCAGCAGGUCCGCGUCCAAAGACAAGGAGGACAAAAGCAAGUCUGCGAGCAAGCAAGUCUGCGUCCCAUCCAAAGAGGAGCGAGACUCGUUUGCCGACUCGGCAAAGAAGUCGUCCAAAAUCGCCAGCCUAGUGCCCAAGGGAACAAAGCAAGCAAAGCAAUCCGGCGGCGGAUCCUCGUCGGGUUCCAGUGGAAUCCCCAAACCAGGACUUAAAACUCACUCCGCAAGCGUGACAAAACCCCAGGGUCAGUCCCAAAGCCAGACGGGCCUAAACAGCAGUGCCAACCUGCGCGGAGGAGAGGCGGAGAGAACCAAGCUCGUGAAAGGCGGACAAGGCGGGAGUUUCUACACGCAGAGAUCCAUUGGGGGUCCAGAGGGCAAACGAAGCAGCAUGACCUCCUCCACCAGCACGUCGGCCCUGUCGGCAUCCAGCGGGGUCCUGGCAGGGGGCGGGGGUGCGCUCGGAGGGAAUGGAGUCGUUCAGCUCCCGCAGCAGCAACAGCACAACCACCCCAACACGGCGACCGUGGCGCCCUUCAUGUACAGGACAUUCUCAGAGAAUGAUUGCACCAUGGUGGCCCCGGCCGACCCCUGCCUCAGCCCCACCAAGGGGGAGUUGGUCUACAGCAAGACAGCCAAACAGUGCCUGGAGGAGAUAUCAGGGGAGGACCCGGAGACGAGACGAAUGAGGACGGUAAAGAACAUUGCUGACCUGCGGCAGAACCUGGAAGAGACCAUGUCCAGUCUACGGGGGACGCAGAUCAGCCACAGCACACUGGAGACCACCUUCGACACAACCGUGACCACAGAAGUCAACGGGCGGAGUCUCCCCGCCCUCGCCACCCGCUCCUCCCCCAUGGCCUGGCGCCUCGGCCAAUCGCAAACGCCGCGUCUCCAGGCGGGCGAAGCCCCCUCCAUGCCCGGCGGCUACCCCGCGCCCAGGGCCGGCGCAGCGGGCGGCGGCGCCGCCAAUGCGGCGGGGCGCUACGGCAACCACCCUGACCCCUCCAGGUUUGUGUACAGCACCCCCCUGAGGCGAUCGGCAGGGGGGCGGGGGCCGGAGCAGGGGGAGAGGGGAGGAGGAGGAGGAGGAGGAGGAGGGCUGGAAGGAGGGAAGCAGAUGGAAGUGGCGGGUUACAUGAGUGAUGGGGACGUCCUGGGAAAGAACGGACGGAUGGAUGAGAUCACCAGCGGAUAUCUCACAGACGGAGGUCUGCAUUUGUAUGCGCGCAACGCGGGCCGAGCAGCCGACGCGGCUUCUUCUCGAGAAAUCUCGCACAGAGGAAGCAAAGAGAUCCAAGGGGACGUUGACAGCUGGGACGACAGCAGCUCGGUGAGCAGCGGCCUGAGCGACACCCUGGACAACAUCAGCACCGACGAUCUGAACACGCCCGCCUACUCGGCCGUCGGCUCGUCGCGCAAAAGCAAGGGCGCCCAGAGAGCCAGUAAGUCCAAGCAUGCCGAUCAGGAGGUGAGCAGCAGCUGGGUGGGAGCUGAGGACCUGAAGAAGGUGGACGAGGAACUCAACGCCAGCAUGGACCCCGGCGCCAGCUCCUCCCGCUGGAAACCUUCCUCGUCAUCCUCGUCGUCUUCCCAAACCCAGGGCCAGUACGACGACGCGGGUCAGAAGGUGACGACGUUGGCACAGAUAUCCCAGACCGGCUCACUGAGAAGGGGGAUGACGGCCCAGGUUGGCAUCACGCCCCCCAGGACGAAAAGUACUUCGGGGUCACACAAAACAGCAGGCAAGACCGAUGAUGCCAAGGCUUCGGAGAAAGGCAAGGUGCCCUCCAAGGGUUCUUCUGGCAUCCAACGCUCCCCCUCUGAUGCUGGUAAGAGCAGCGGAGAUGAAGGCAAGAAACCCCCGUCUGGAAUUGGACGCCCACCUACCACAGGUUCUUUUGGAUUCAAGAAGAUCCCUGGUCCUAGUGGGACCCUAAUCACUUCCAGUGGCGCCACGCUUGCUAGUGGCUCAGCCACCCUGGGCAAAGCACCCAAAUCAUCAGCCGCCCUCGGUAAAGGCACAGGCAUCGGUGGUGUCCGUAAGACCAGCCUGGAUGGCUCCCAGCCUCAGGACGACGGCAUCCUGCUCAGUUGCGGCGGCUCGAAAGUGUCCCUCCAGUACCGCUCUCUACCCAGACCUGCCAAAUCAUCCAGCGGGGUGACUUCCGGGCGCGGCGGACACCGUUCCAGUUCCAGCAGCAUCGACUCCAACGUCAGCGGCAAGUCCGCCGGCGGAGCGGCGGCUAACCAGGCCGGAGCCAAGCGCAGGGAUUCCGGGAAGAUCGGCUCGGACCGUUCCAGUCCCGUCAACGUGAACCAGACGGACAAGGACAAAGUGACGGUGACGGAGCCGGAUCCGGGAUUGUCCACUUCUCCCAAGUCCAGCCCCACAUCCACAUCGACGGGCCAGACGGGCCUCAGGCAGCCGGGCUCCAAGUACCCUGACAUUGCCUCCCCAACCUUCCGCAGAUUGUUUGGCACCAAAGCCAGCAGCAAGGCCAGCUCACCGGGCACGCCCGACUCUGGCAAAUGCCCCUCAAUCCUGGGCAGCCCGCACGGUACUCUGGCGAGGCAGCCCAGUCUGGACUCGCCCUCCUCCGGCACAGGGAGUCUGGGCAGCGCCGGCGGCCUGAGCGGCGGCAGCAGCCCGUUGUACGGCAAAGGCCCGGACCUCCUGUGCAGCGACUCCCCGGCCUCCAGCCCGGCCUCUGGCCUCUCGUUGCCUUCCAACGCUCGGCCGUGGCCUGCCUGCGGCUCGUCCGCCGGCAGCAAGGACACGCUGAGCUGCCAAAGCAUGAGCAGUCUGCACACGAGUUCCGAGUCCAUUGAUCUGCCUCUGGGCCACCACGGGCCCAAGGUUACGAGAACCGGCAGUGUCAAGUCCACCCUGUCCGAGGGCAUGCCUCUUGACAGAAACACGCUUCCCAAAAAGCGACUGAGGUACCCGCCGUCGUCCAGGCAGACGUCUCACGAAGACGGCAUGGAGUGGCUCCGGUCGCACUCAACGGGGGGGCUUCAGGACUCGGGUAGCCAGUCCCCGAUGUCUCCACCUGGAGCGUCCUGUCCCACUACUGGAAAAUACCAUUUCUCCAACCUCUUGAGCCCGACUCACAUCAGCCAGUGCAACCUGCCACCAGGCAGCAGCAGCAUGAGCCGCUCCAACAGCAUCCCCGCCCAGGACUCCUUCGACCUGUACGGCGAGGGGCACCCACUGGGCGGCAGCGCCACCUCCCUGGAGGACCGGCCUCGCGCCAUCAGCCGCUCGGGCUCCUUCAGGGACAGCACCGAUGAAGUCCACGGCUCUUCUUUGUCACUGGUGUCCAGCACGUCUUCGCUAUACUCCGCAACAGAGGAGAAGGCACAUUCGGAGGGCCAAACAGUUCAAAAUUCCACGCAAAUCAGGAAACUGCGUCGGGAGUUGGACGCGUCCCAAGAGAAGGUCGCGACCCUGACGUCCCAACUGGCUGCCAAUUCUCACCUGGUGGCCGCAUUUGAGAAAAGCCUGAGUAACAUGACGUGUCGCCUGCAGAGUCUCACCAUGACGGCCGAGCAGAAGGAGACCGAGUUGGUCGAGCUGAGGGAAACAAUCGAGUCACUGAAGACCCAGAACACCGACGCGCAGACGGCCAUACAGGUGGCACUAAAUGGCCCGGAUCACUUCCAUAAAGACCUCCGUAUCAGACGGCAGCACUCAUCCGAAAGCAUGUCGAGCAUCAACAGCGCGGCCAGCCACUCCAGCAUGGGCAGCAUGGGCAAGGAUGCCGAGGACAAGAACAAGAAGAAGAAGAAGAACUGGGUGGCUGAUUCCAUCCCAGCUCAGCUCCGCAGCUCGUUCAAGCACGCCUUCAGCAAGAAGAAGACCAAGUCGCAGUCGGCCCACGACGAGGCGGAGGAGAUGAGCGACUCGCUGCCGUCCUCCCCCAAGCUGCAGCACGACAACCGGCAGGGCAGCGUGGCCACGCUGCGCUCGUCGCCCUCCGCCACCGAGCUGUGUGAAUGCACCGAAGCCGAGGCCGAGAUCAUCCUGCAGCUCAAGAACGAGCUGAGGGAGAAAGAGCUCAAGCUGACCGACAUCCGGCUGGAGGCGCUGAGUUCGGCCCACCACCUGGACCAGAUCAGGGAAGCCAUGAAUCGCAUGCAGAAUGAGAUCGAGACGUUAAAAGCGGAAAACGACCGGCUCAAGUCCAGCGGCAGCGCCACGCCGACGGCCACUCCCGCCAAGACGGCCCGGCCGCCCUCUGAGACCUCCAGCACGUCCUCGUCCUCCUCGCGUCAGUCCCUGGGCCUCUCCCUCAACAACCUCAACAUCACCGACACCAUCAUGUCAGAUAUUCUGCUCGACGACAGCUACGAGGGUAACCUGCGCAAAGAAGGCCGCAGCGUGCGGAUCGUGGUCAGCAUCAGCAGCGGGCCGAGCACGACCAAGGGAACGCAAAUGCAGGAGUACCUGAUUGGCUCCAUCGGCGUGAGUGGGAAAACCAAGUGGGACGUCCUGGAUGGGGUGAUCAGACGCCUCUUCAAGGAGUACGUAUUUCGGGUGGACCCGGUGACCAGUCUGGGCCUUAGCUCGGAUAGCAUCGUCUGCUACAGGAUGGGCGAGGUGGUCCGCGCCCACUCCUCCGAAGUGCCUGAGCUGCUGCCCUGCGGCUACCUGGUGGGCGAAAGCAACGUCAUCAAGGUCAACCUCAAAGGCGUCAAGGACAGCAGCAUCGACAGCCUGGUGUUCGACACCCUCAUCCCGAAGCCCAUCAUCCAGCGGUACCUCAACCUGCUGAUGGAGCACCGUCGCAUCAUCCUCUCGGGCCCCAGCGGCACCGGAAAGUCCUUCCUGGCCGCCAAGCUGGCCGAGUUCAUCAUUUCCCAGAUGGGCCAGGAGGUGACCGAGCACAAUGUGGCCAGCUUCAACGUGGACCAGAAUUCCAGCAAGGACCUGCGUCAGUAUCUGUCCAACCUCGCGGAGCGCUGUAAUUCCGAGGGCACAGACACCAAGCUCCCCACUGUGGUCAUUCUGGACAACCUCCACCAUAUUAGUUCCCUCAGCGACAUCUUCAACGGCUUCCUCAACUGCAAGUACCACAAAUGCCCUUACGUCAUCGGGACCAUGAACCAGGGAGUGUCCUCCUCCCCCAACCUCGAGCUGCAUCACAACUUCAGGUGGGUGUUGUGCACCAACCACACAGAGCCCGUCAAGGGCUUCCUGGGCCGCUUCCUGCGACGGAAGCUGAUUGAAACGGAGAUCCAUAAAAACGUGCGCAGCAACGACCUCAUUAAGAUCAUCGACUGGAUUCCCAAGACGUGGCAGCACCUCAAUGGCUUCCUGGAGGCCCACAGCUCCUCCGAUGUCACGAUAGGCCCCCGUCUCUUCCUGUCCUGUCCCAUGGAUAAGGAGGGGUCGCGCGUGUGGUUCACCGACCUCUGGAACUACUCCCUGGUGCCCUACCUGCUGGAAGCUGUCCGAGAAGGACUCCAGCUGUACGGCAAGAGGGCUGCGUGGGAAGACCCGUCCAAGUGGGUGAGCGACACGUACCCGUGGCAAGCCGCUGCCCCCGUGCAGCCGCAGCAACAGCAGCAGCAGCAGCAGGACGGCCAGUCGUUGCUGCAGCUCAGGCCCGAAGACGUGGGCUACGACGGCUACAGCUCGUCCAAGGAGGGGGCCUCGUCCAAGCAGGUGUCCCAGAGCGACACCGAGGGAGACCCCCUGAUGAACAUGCUGCUGAGGCUGCAGGAGGCGGCCAACUACUCCAGUGCGCAGAGCUGCGACAGCGACAGCGCCAGUCACCAUGACGACCACCUGGACUCCUCGCUGGAGUCGGCGCUCUGAAGCUCCCUCCGCCAGGCCCGCUUGACACGCCUACAGUGCAAAUACAUGACAGGUUUUGUGGUUUGGAUCAAAAUCAUCGGUGAUAUCAAAUGAAAUUGCGUUCAUGGUUCUUACCCCCGUCGAGUCAUAAUUUAAACCAGUGGCUCGCAAACGUUUUGACAUCAAGUACCACCUCAUAAACUACUCGGCUCUGCAAGUAACCACCGUCAUGACCAACAUUUUUAUUUUUUUCCUUGAAACAAAUUCCUAUUUACGGGGCUUUUGGCGCCAUCUUGUGGCAUCCCAGGGCCUUUAUUUCAAUGGCGAGCCCAAUUGAAGUCAUCUUUUGUUACUUUCCUCCAUUUUUAGGAUGCAACUUCUCGUCUGAUUGCACAAAGUGUUUUGUCGGAAUUCAAAUGCUCGGCUCACCCUCAGUCUUGUACUUCAUCUUUGCAACUGGAAGAUUUUUCUCUGUGUUUACAACCCGAGUAAGGAGGUGGCCAGGUACUCUUGUCGAUGUAUUUCUUUGUUUACAAAGGUGCUUUUCUCACAGGCAUUGGUCCAAAUAACCUUCCAAAAGGUCGCGCGCUCUUCCACCUCGGUGGCUCCUGAAGUCAAUUUCGUCCAAAUUCUCCCGCUUUUUAAGAUGUUUCCGGUGCGCUUCUGUGGCAGGUGGGGCUCUUAACGUGAGUAUUUAUCGGCCCGUCACCUCGGUGCCCUCGCAUGUCAAUGACCAAUCUGCCACAUGAUGCUACUGUGCCGAAAAUACGUGCCAAGUGACGCACACAGCUCGAUUUCCUCACUUUGUGACCGGUGCGGAUCAGUCGACGAAAUACGAUGCAGUCAGAUAAAACACCUUCACUAGGGAACAAUGAUAUUGGUGCUUUCUCGUUGCCUUAAGUGUGCAAAAAGAUUUUUUUUGGAGGGGCGAUGGGGGAGGGUCUCCUCCUGCUUCCAAUGACUUUAUAACGACAAGAGAUUCAUAUGGAUGCUUAACUAUGGAUGCUUCCUGUUUUCCUUUCGAACACGUUUAAAGUGCAAAAUCAAAGAGUUCAUGUUGUAUGUGAAUUCUAAACUGACCAUUAUCUAUAUAUAAGUAUAUAAGAUUUAAAGUUGUUUGUUUUUUUUUUUUUCUUCUCCACCCAGUUGAGCUGGGCUCACUUGAACUGACAGGAGCACAACCAAAUGUUUGUUUGUUUGUCCCCCUUCUUUUUUUAAGCAUGCUUUUUAACAGGGGGGGUCAUUGAGAAAGAGAUAUUUACCUUUAUGUACACACAAGUAUUGGACGGAAGCCAUUUUUGAUUGUCCUUUUAAAUGCGUGGGUUGGUUUUUGCACACUCGGGCGGGUUGUAAAUACUUCAGUCACCUUGCACAGGAAAUCAAAGAUGCAUUCGCCCAGUUGAUAUUACACGAACCUGCAGAAAGAAGAAAAAAAGUAAAUUAUUGUUUAAAAAAAAAAA